AUGCCUUCUAAACGUCGAUUCAAAAAAAGUCAAGAGAAAAAGAUUAAUCGUGUCAGAAAUCUCAGGGCCAAAUUAAAAGGAAAGAAAAAUAAAAAUAAAAAGCUUACCGAACUUUAUUCGGAAAUUCAAAAAAAUGAAAACCUCACAGUUGAAAUGGUCCAAGAGAGAAACCUGGUUGAAGAAUUCAAAAAAAUGAGAAUCAAUUCAUUCGUCGGAGCCUUGCUCGAUUUUAAAGAAAAAGGGUAUGCCGGUGCUAUUGCAUCUUGA